CCUUGGGUUGUAUGCAAACAAAUGCUGCGAGACACAUUCAUAUUGCAAACAUCUGUCAAGUUGUAAUAAAUAAACGUAUUAUCUCUUGCAUAAGACGAAUUCAUGUGGACCACGAUGCGGAUGUUUUAUUGUUGCUAUUAUUGAACGAAUCCACGGUAUUUGUUUUGUUACCGAUGUAAAAUCCAAUCCAAGUAACACGGUCAUGUGAAAAAAAGAUGGUUAUUUUGGGGUAUUCGCCACCAGUAGAGUUACGGGCUGGGGCACAUGUGUCAAGACACAACAAGGAAGAUAGCUGUAAGUAGGAUCCUCAUCUGAGUUGAGCUUUUUCUCGCUGUUAGAAGCGACUGCGGGAACAUGCAGGUGUUCCAUUUAGACAAUUCUGUUGAUUCCUGAACGCUGUAAUCUUUCCUCGGGACAAGGCAUUUGGUGAGGGGAAAUGUGAACAGGUUUAAAGUAUGGCAAGCAAAGAUGGUUUCUGCCAGAAGGAGAUGGUGAUUGCGAUGUCCUCCAGGAACAUUUCCACUCUAAUUUACUUUCUCUGCGUGACAGCCUGUAUAAGGAAAACCUUAGGACAUAUAAAAAAGGAUGAGAAAUUAUAUCCAGAAAAUUUCACACGCAUACUGGACCGACUUCUGGAUGGUUAUGAUAACAGACUGCGACCUGGUUUUGGGGGUCCGGUUACUGUAGUCAAAACUGAUAUAUAUGUGACAAGCUUUGGACCCGUAUCAGAUGUUGAAAUGGAAUAUACGAUGGAUGUCUUCUUUCGUCAAACUUGGGUAGACAAGAGAUUAAAGUAUGAAGGCCCCAUUGAAAUAUUAAGGCUAAACAACCUAAUGGUCACAAAAGUGUGGACACCUGAUACUUUCUUUAGAAAUGGGAAAAAAUCUGUCUCACACAACAUGACAGCCCCAAACAAGUUAUUUCGAAUCAUGAAAAAUGGGACCAUUCUGUACACAAUGAGGCUUACUAUAAGUGCAGAGUGCCCUAUGAGACUUGUGGAUUUCCCAAUGGAUGGACAUGCUUGCCCUCUUAAGUUUGGAAGCUAUGCAUAUCCGAAAACUGAGAUGAUUUAUACUUGGAAAAAAGGCCCGGAAAACUCAGUAGAAGUCCCCCAAGAGUCUUCGAGUUUGGUUCAAUAUGAUCUAAUUGGACAGACGGUGUCUAGUGAAACCAUAAAGUCUAUUACAGGUGAAUACAUUGUGAUGACAGUUUAUUUCCAUUUGAAACGCAAAAUGGGCUACUUUAUGAUUCAGACGUAUAUACCGUGCAUUAUGACAGUAAUCCUCUCUCAAGUAUCAUUUUGGAUUAAUAAAGAAUCUGUCCCUGCUAGAACCAUAUUUGGGAUAACAACAGUUUUGACAAUGACAACGCUAAGCAUUAGUGCAAGGCACUCCUUGCCUAAAGUCUCAUAUGCCACUGCAAUGGACUGGUUCAUAGCUGUGUGCUUCGCCUUUGUGUUUUCUGCUCUCAUUGAGUUUGCUGCUGUCAACUACUUCACAAAUAAUCAAACAGAAAAGGCCAAAAAGAAGACAGUGAAAUCUUCAUCUGCACCUAGAGCUUCUCCAGCAAAGAAAGCAAAUGACACUGAAGUACUUCAGAAUCCUGGUACAAAUGGGAACUUGAGGAAAAGAAUGAACUACAUGACACUGCCAGAUGACAACAGUGGCCAAAGAACUGACACUGGAAGCAAUACUAAAUGUGGAGUUAUAAGACAAUCUUUAGUUGGCCAGGUUCCUUCUGUAGUUGCCCCACCACCUUUUUCUCACUCCAGCCCUAACCCAUUCAGUUACGUAAAUGUACCCCCACCAGUUUUAACAUCAGGAAGCACACCCCCGGCACCGCCAUCAUCCCCAACCCUGCCUACUCGCAUAUCGACAAACACAAUUGUUGGACCAGCAUCUAUUCAGCAUCUGCUUGGUCCCAAACUUGAACAUAUUCAAGCAACUGCAACUAAAAUGGAAGCAAAUCUAAAACAAUCCUCCUCCAGCUCUGCGCUGCCUGCUCCUUCUCCUGGUUCUGGAACAAGUAAAAUUGACAAGUACGCACGCAUUCUGUUUCCAGUUUCUUUUGGGGCUUUUAACAUGGUUUACUGGGUAGUCUACUUAUCAAAAGACACCAUGGAGACAACAGAAAGUUAAGUCUGCUCUUGUAGCUAUGUCUCUUCACACUGCAAAAAAAUAACACUUUUAGGGGCUUCAUUCAGUCUAGUUUUAUGAAUAUUAAAAGUAAGGAAUAUGUAGAAUACAGUUACCUCAGCAUAACCAGCAACAAAA